AUGGAUAUGGAGCUUCUGGAUAUCCAGCUGCAUGGUAGGAGAUUUACUUGGUCAAGGCCUAAUGGUCAAGCGAGGAGUCGUUUAGAUCGCUUUUUGGUUUCAGAAUCCUGGCUGGAGAGGUGGCCUAACUGCUCACAGUUAGUUCUUGAUCGUGAUGUUUCUGAUCACUGUCCAAUUCUUAUGCGGAGGGUACAAGGUUUGUCGGCUGGACAUGUGUUGAAAGAGAAGUUGAAGAGAUUGAAAUCUGAACUGAAACGGUGGAACUCUGAGGUGUUUGGUGACUUACGUUUGAAGAGGGCUGAAACAGUUCAAAAGAUUAAUGAGUUAGAUAGGAAGGAAGAGGAGGGAGGAUUGAGCACAGAGGAGUUAGGUUGGAUUAAGGAAGGGGAUCAAAAUUCAAGAUUCUUCCAUUCUACUAUUAAUUGGAGGCGGAAGGCUAAUUCCAUCGUGGGGCUUGUGAUUGAUGGUUGUUGGGAGGAGGAUUCGGCUAAGGUCAAGGUGGAAGUAAAGCGCUUCUUUGAAGAUAAAUUCUCUAGUAGACAAAUGAGUCGUCCAACGCUGGAUGGUGUGUCGUUCAGAGCAUUGGAUUCGGCUGAUAAUGCAUUGUUGACAGCAAGGUUUGAAAAGGAUGAGGUGUUGCAUGAUUUUUGGCGUAGUGGAGUGUGGCCCAAGGGGUGUAACACUUCCUUCAUUGCUCUAGUGCCUAAAAUUGAGUGCCCGCAGCAGUUGAAUGACUUCAGGCCUAUCUCGCUGAUUGGGUGUGUUUAUAAAGUAAUAUCUAACGUUCUUGCAAAUCGGAUAAGGCUGGUCUUGGGGAAAAUAAUUGAUGAGCAUCAAUUCGCCUUCCUUGUUGGACGCAAUAUGUUGGACAGCGUGGUUAUUGCAAGCGAGAUCAUCCAUGAAGCAAAAAACCUAAAGAAGGCCACCAUGGUGUUUAAAGUUGAUUAUGAAAAGGCGUACGAUUCGGUGGAAUGGGACUUUCUAACUUAUAUGAUGGCAAAAAUGAAUUUUAGUCCAAAAUGGGUGAAAUGGGUAACGAGUUGCCUUGAUUCUGCCAUGGUUUCUUUUUUACUUAAUGGGAGUCCUACAUCAGAGUUCAAAAUGGGGAAGGGUCUGAGACAAGGUUGA